AUGGAGAAGCAGGUCGUGAGGCUGCGCAGGACGCACCCAGACACGCUGCUGCUGUUCGAGUGCGGCUACCGCAUGCGGAUCUUUGCCGAGGACGCGGAGAAUGCGGCUGCGGUGUUGGGCAUUCGAGCGCAGCGACACAAGAAUUUCGUGGAGGCGUCGGUGCCCGUGCACCGGACGUUGUUCCAUGCUCGACGACUGGUCCACGCUGGGUUCAAGGUGGGGGUCGUGCGGCAAACGGACUCCGUUGCAACGCGUGCGGCGUCCAAGACGCCUGGCGCACAACGCAAACCGCUUGAACGGUGUGUGGCGGAGGUGUAUACGCGCGCUACAAUUCCUGACGUGGAUGAAGGGGGUGACGACAGCGACGAGGAGGAAGACACUCGCACGAGGUUCAUUGCGUGCAUUGUGGAGGCGUCUGUGCACUCAAAGCCUUUCUUCUCACAGUCGAUGCACGAGAUCGACGAAGAGACCAAGCGGAGCCAGGCGUUCUCGGAGGAAGUGCGAAUUGGUAUCUUUGUGCACGACGUACACACCGGGGAGACCAAAUUUGACGAAUUUGAAGACGAUGGCAAGCGCCAACGCUUGCAGCGGACUCUGGAAUCGCUCGACCCAGUUGAGUUUGUGCUUCCUGCGGGCCGACUCAGCGCCUACACAGAGCAAGUGCUGGAAAGUUUCGUGACAGCACAGAGUGAUUCAGUCUUUAUUGCGAGUGACUCCUCUGGAGACGAAGAGCUACGUUCCUGCAUUCGCGUGGAGAGGAUACCGAACGAGUUCUUUGAGUUCUCGCUGGCUAAGGAGACGUUUUCCGGCGUAUUUCGUGAGGCUGAGUCUGAGUACACAAGCGUGGUCGCCUGUCCGAGUCUGCCGAAGCUUUGCGUGUGCUGCUUUGGGGGCAUGUGGAAAUACCUCUCUUCACUCGAUAUGGUCCAGACGCUCAUUGCACCCAACUACUCGAGCUUGGCCAGCCCCACGGCAGCGUUUACGGGACAGUUCUACCUCCCCGCAGAAGCUCACCGAGAUCUUGAUCUGUUUGUGAAUUCAACCACCAAACGCGGCGUCGGAUCGUUAUUAUCAGUGCUGAACCACACGAAAACGAAUGCUGGUGCCAGAAAACUUCGCGACUGGAUACACACUCCGCUCGGCUCUAUUCCGGAGAUCAUGGAGCGGCAAAAAACGAUCGAGAGCUUGGCAUUCCCUCCCGGGCCGCUGUCAACAGAAUCACUAUCGCACCGAAUUGCGUACGAAGAGCUGACAACGACUGUAUUGCCCCGCUCCAAGCACCUACUGACGUUUCUACAGCAAGUUCAUCUUGGAAAAGCGACUCCCAGCCAAGCUGUCGGUGCGCUCCAAAUCCUGCAGGAUCUCGAAGGGCAUACCAAGGAACUCAAAUUAAUGCUCGCUUCGUCCCCGGACAAUUCACGCACAACUGGGAAUUCAGAGCCGGCUACUCUCCUCGUAAGGCUCCUCGGCAGCUAUCCGAUGCUGGAUCCUCGCCUAUCGGAUCUUCUCAAUGAAAUUGAUACCAAAGCCGCGAGGCGUAAUGAUGUCGAGGACACCAUCCAGAGACGACUUCGGAGGAAGCCGUCACAGGCUCGCACGUACCAAGAUCUCUCUCAUGAGCUAGAGACGCUGGAAAGACAGUAUGACGCAAUUCUUGUGUGCUGCCGGGGUGUCCUCGACAACCCAUCGCUGGAAUACACUACGUUUCGAGGUGGAGCGUUGAAUGACAUCCACCAUUUGAUCGAGGUUAAACGUAGCGAUCUCCACACGGUACCGCGCAGCUGGCUCGUCGUGAACUCCACCAAGAAACUCGUCCGGUUCCACCCCAAGGAAAUCAUCCAGCUUCACGUGCAGGAGGAAUUUGUCAAGGAGCAGAAGGAUCAAAUGGUUCGAUCCACGUGGCGGCAGUUUGUUAGUGAUGUGGACGGUCAAGUGUACGUGGUGGGGAUGAACUGUGUUGACAUCUUGGCGAACCUCGACGCGCUGUGCUCGUUGGCAACGGUAGCUCAGAGCUAUCCGAACUACACUCUGCCCGAGUUCGUCGAGGACGACAGCACAACACUGGAGAUCGUCGAUGGUCGACACCCCAUUAUUGAGAUGCUGCUGGAAGGAUCUUCCUACAUCAGCAACUCGGUGCUGAUGUCAAGCAGCGCGGACUCCCCAGGCUCCCUGUUUGUGGUUUCUGGCCCGAACAUGGGCGGCAAGACGAGUCUGCUCCGCAUGUGUGCGUUGGUGGUGAUCCUCGCUCAAAUGGGCUCCUUUGUUCCUGCUUCAAGCGUCCGAUUAUCAUUGUUCGAUGGUGUCUACACACUCAUGCACCGCAGCACAACGACGUUAAACCCUCAAAAUCGCGGUACUCCAGCUUGUGCUCAAGAACUCACCGCGCUGGGCUCAAUUUCCCGUAACGCAACGAAGAGAUCGCUGGUUCUCAUCGAUGAGAUCGGCUUUGGCAUGGCAGCUCACUAUGCUGAAGCCGUGGGGGUUGCUCAAAUACUGUACUUCGUUGAGACUGUUGGAUGUCAUGUCGUGUUUGCAACGCACCAUACUGCAUCGAUCCAGAAGCUGCAGGAUCGUCUAGGCGACAAAUGCCAAAUGAAACAGCUGGAGUAUCAGUUCUACGAACGCGGUGGUGCGGAAUGUGGAGACGCGGAAGCAGGAGAUGUGGUGACAUUCCAUUAUGUGCUGAAAUAUGGUAUUGCGAGCGACAGCUUCGCUAUCGAGACGGCGAGACGAGCUGGUAUUGCAGCGAGUAUAUUAGAGCGAGCCCAAGUUUUACGAGGAAACCUAUAG